AUGGGCUUGAAGAGGGGGGAAAAAACUAGUUUAAAACCGAGGCGUGAACAGUCUCUCAAAGUGACCUCCGGGGAAACCGGCUACCCUAACCGGAGCACUCCCCGCGCCGCCGCUCCCCGGGGCGCUCACAAAGCCGGCGGCCGGCCACGAGUUUGGGGUGCGCUCCCACGGCGCGGGGCCACUCGAGCAGCCCCUCCGGAGCAAGGCGGCUCGGUAAUGAUGGCUGCUCCGGCCGCGGCUGCUUUCCCAGCUCCGACCAGCCCCCACGGCCCCCCACAGGCGCGCUCGCCGCGCCGCUGCGCCCGCCCCGCACCGCAGCCCACCCGGUGCCCAGACCCCCGCCCGCGCCCCGCGCCCCGCGGCCCCGGCGCGCCCCGUCCCUGCCGCCGCCACCGGCCCGGCCAGCUCGGCAAGGUGGGGUCCCUCCGCCCGCGCCUCCCCGCGCUCGUCCCGGCCCGGCUCCCUUUCUUCUCCUCGCGCACCCGGGAGCCUCCAGGGAGCCCCGGGAGCCGCCGGGAGCCCCCAGUUUCGGGCUCGCAACUCUGCGCCCGCUGCUGGCACCCGCAGGGCUCGGGACGCCCUCCGCGCCGCGUGUUCGCGACGCCCCCGCCCCACGCGGCGCCCCGCGCACUUUCCCCGCCGCCGACCCACCUCGCGGUGGCUGUCCCCGCACGGGUGGCGCCGCCGCGCCGGGAGGGACGCACUUUGUUCGCGCCGGUGCGGCCCCGCUCCCGGCCAGCGCGGCGUGGUCGGUCCGAGCGGGGGGCGGGGGCGGGCGGGGGUCGCGCCGUCCCCGAGCCGCCGCCGUCCCCGCUCAGCCGCCCCGCGCCCGCGCGCCCACCGCCGCUCGCGCCGGAGUUGCAGCCCAACUUUUCCUCCUUCCCUUUUCUCUCGCCCGGAGCCGGCAACUCGUGCUCCGGCCGGCGGGAGGAAGCGCGCUCGGGCCCCCCGCGCGGACACGCUCGCCCCCCCGCCGCCGCGCAACAAAAAGCCCUUCACAGGCGAGGAAGUGACCCUCGGCCGCCCGCGCGCCCCCGCCGCCCCGCGGACGCAGGCCGAAGUUGGGGCGCCGGCGGUGCUCGGAGCGCGAGUUCGGGCCCCGCGGGCGGCGGUGCGGACGCCUCGGCGCUGCGCCCCGCCGCCCGCCCGCCCGCCGGCCCCGCGCCCCGAGUCCCGAGUCCCGAGUCCUCGCCCAACUCCGCGCGGCCCCAGCCCCGGCCCGGGGCGGUUUCCUGCCGCCGCCGCCCCCGCCGCCGCGCCACCCCUCCCGGGCGAACUCUCGCGCUCACCGGGUCGGUCGGCCGGGCGAUCGGGCGGCGCCGCCGCUGCCCCGUCCGCGGGGACAAAACGCGGGGCGGCGCGGAGUUGGCCGGCGGCCGCGGCCGGGCGCGGGUCCUCGGGCGCGGAGUUGGCCGGGGGCGGACGCGGCUCCGGCGAGUUGCAGGGUCUCCGGGUCCCCGGGCCACCUCCUCCGCGGCGCUCCUUUGUUUCCCGAGCACGAGCGCGUCCGCACCGCCACGGCUCAACCCCCGCGCCGCCGCCGUCGCCGCCACCGCUGCCGCCGCGGCCCCAGCACGCCAGCGCCUGCGCGCGGCCAGCACGCCGCGCGCGCCCGAGGCCGCGGGGCCGCGCGCGCCCGGCGCCGCCGGCUCCUCCGCCGCGCGCCCGCGCCGCGCCGCGCCCGCGCGCCGCCACCUGACGUCAGGCGCGCCUGGCAUAAUUUAUGCAAGAAUUCGGCCGGGGUGGCGAGGACGCGGGAGAGGCCGCGAGAAAGGGGGCGGCGCGGGCGCGGGGCCGCGGGCUCGUAGGGCGGGCUGGGCGCCACUUCCCGUCCCGGGCGUGCGCCGCGCAGCGCUGCCGGCGGCUCUCCCCGGCUGUGCGCGGCCCUCCUCGUCGGGCUCCCGGAGCGUUCGGCCGCGGCCCCGCGCUGGCUGCGGACGCUGCUGCCACGUUUCCCCGCGCGCACCUCCGCGGCCGGUGCGCCGCCCGGGGCGCACGCGGAGCUCCGGGCCGACCGCGGUCGGGGUCGGUCUCUGCUGCGCUGACCCUUCGACUUGA